AUGUCAAAAGUCAUAGCUCUCACAGGCGCCUCCCGCGGUAUCGGCCUCACAAUUGCUCACUACCUCCUCGAACACUCCCACAACCUCGUCGUCGUUGCCAGAACCGCAGGACCCCUCCACGAGCUCGAGGAACAAUACCCUGGCCGCGUCGCAGUGCUGGCCGGAAAUCUCAACAACGUCUGGUUAGGGCAGGAGAUUGUAGACUUGGCGUUAGAGAGGUUCCAGAAACUUGAUGGGGUGAUUGUCAAUCAUGGUGUUUUGAAUCCGGUGAAGAGGAUUGCGGACAGCAUGGUGGAACAAUGGCGGGAGGCGUUCGAUGUCAACUUCUUCUCGGCGGUCUCGAUUGCAAAGGCAGCGGUGCCAGUGCUGAGGAAGUCGAAGGGUACGAUUCUGUUCACAUCAUCUGGAGCAGCAAGCACGGCAUAUCCAACCUGGGGAGCAUAUGGCAGUGCGAAAGCUGCGGUGAACCAUCUGGCCAUGACCAUUGCAAGCGAAGAGAAGGAUAUAACAAGCAUUGCUAUUCGACCAGGCGUCGUAGACACCGACAUGCAGCGGGACAUUCGUGAAAAGCACAACACAGCCAUGGAUCCUGCUGAUGCGGCGAAGUUUGCCGAGUUGAAGAACACGGGUGGUCUGUUGAAGCCGGAGCAGCCUGGGUAUGUCAUGGCAAAGUUGGUACUCGAUGCGCCCAAAUCCUUGAGUGGCAAGUUUCUAACAUGGAACGCGGAGGAACUGAAGGCAUAUCAAGUGCAAGGAUAG